UUUCAUUCGAUUCGGGGGCAGUCUUCGUGCGUGUUCGAGUUCCAUCUGCUGGCGGAGCGAUCUGAUGAAGUCCAUGUCCAAGUCACGUCCGGUCAGGUUCAAGUUCAAUGUGCAUAUAGCUGCGGGCACAGGAAGCACUCGAUUGCAGUUGUGCAAACCAGUUAGACGCGCUCCUCGCUAGCUGUUUGUUCGGGGUUCGGGGGUUUAUUUAACGCCGAUCUUUGCCAGUUAUCUAGCGUAUCCAGGAGGCAUCCGCAUUGCCAUGGUGCAGGCAACACGAUGGGAGGUUCUUUGCAUAAUCCACCAUCGCCUACAGCGAGCUAUCCACUAUCCACCGUUCCAAGGCACUGGGCACACACGAAUUAAAUAUAUAAAUUAAAACGAAAACAAAAGAGCAAAGCAAAAUAUUUCUGGUAAAAUCUCUGCCAGGUGGGUGCAUCGGCAGCGACGCCGCUUUGUCAUUCGACUGGUUCCAGCUGCGCCUCUUCGAGCCACAAAACCAGACCACUUUCUUGGCGCUCAGCUCAGUUGCCGAAAGAAAGUCCGACGAGUCGUGACCGACCGGGAGCCGCGAGGAAAAUUUCAAUCUCAAUCUCAAACUCAAACUCAAAAACACCAGAUCCAACUUGGAUUUUGGAAUCGCUGAGCCGCCGCCGCCAAUGAAAGUUGUGUUGAUGUUCGCGUCGAUUUUGGAUUUUGUUUUUCCAAACUCCACUACUGCGUAGAGUUUAGUUCGCGUUUAGUCUACCGCUCAAAAUGUGCAAUUUGUUUUGGCUUUCGGCCUGUUUUUUGGCAAUGUGGUUGCCCUUCGCCCUGUGCGAACCCAAUGCCACAAGUGUGGAGUCGAAGGAUCCCAAGACUGAGCAGAAUAAAGAACUGGUGCCCACGGCGGAGAAGCUGAUCCGAUACCGCCGACAGCCACCUUACGCUGUAAUCAAGCGAUCCAAACAGCGCCGGCGGACCAAGGGUCCACCCAAGAUCAAGUAUGGACCACCACCGCCUCACAUUCGAUACUCGAAGCCCUCGUUCCCAGCACAUAUCGAGGAACCCAGCUUUUCGCUCGAUGACUUUCAGCACCUGAAGUUCGAUGGUUCGGACUUUAAGAUCCCUUCUUCGGGUUACGAAGCGCAGUCCAUGGAUCUGGAUUUCUAUAACCACGAUACGGAACCGGAUCUCUAUGGAGCACACAAGUUCCCGAGCCUGGACUUUGGAUUGGUCACCACCCAUGAGCAUGUGCCCCACCAGAAGUACGGAUUGCCUCCUGUGCAGCAGAGCUUCCAACCGGAUCACUCCUUUCCCACGCACUAUGAGCCACCUCCGGCUCCGGCUCACCCGCCAGCCACCCGCUACGGAGUACCCUCUGCUCCUGUAGAGGUUCCCAGCUAUCCGCAUCAUGACCUGCCCGCUCCAGACUCCUAUUCCAUUUAUGAGCAGAAGAUACCGAAUGUGGGCUAUCAUCAGAACUUUGCAGAGCCACCCAAACAUCCGCCUAAACAUGGUUCUAAUCAAAAUCCUAAUUUUGAGAUUGCCUAUUCCCCUCCUGCCUUUGAGAUCAGCACUUCGUAUCAGUCGAAUCACCAGCAAAGCUACGUGCCACCUCAUCCCUCGCAACCCCAUGAGGGAUUUGCUGAACCACCGUCCAACAAUUAUGUAAAGCCUCCUCCACAUGCUCCAGCGAAUAGCUAUGCUCCACCUCAACAUCCUUCUUCGAGCUAUGACCAGCCUCCACAACAUCCCUCCUCCAGUUAUGAUCAACCUCCCUCGCAUCCUUCACCCAGUUAUGAUCAACCACCCCAACACCCCUCAUCCAGUUAUGAUCAUCCUCCUCAACAUCCAUCAUCCAGUUAUGAUCAUCCUCCUCAACAUCCAUCAUCCAGUUAUGAUCAUCCUCCUCAACAUCCUUCAUCCAGUUAUGAUCAUCCUCCUCAACAUCCCUCAUCCAGUUAUGAUCAUCCUCCUCAACAUCCUUCAUCUAGUUAUGAUCAUCCUCCUCAACAUCCCUCCUCCAGCUAUGACCAACCACCACCUGACUACCAGCAUCCGCCUUCAUCCACCUACGACCAACCACCGCAACAUGUUCCUACAAACUAUGUGUCCGCCGAUACCCAUUCCAUCAAUAGUUAUCCCCAGGACGACUAUGCUACUCCCUCGCAGGAACUGCCCUUAAAUCCACACCACAAGUUCCCAAGCUUUGAUUUUCCAAAAUCCAGCUACGAAGUGCCCAUCUAUGAUCCGGUGCCCUUUGAGGCCUCCAACCGAGAUGAGCAGGAGUCCUAUCCUCCCAUUUUGGCAUCCUCACCCGAUCAGAAUGAGAUAACUUCAGAUGCCCAUGCGGCUGGAAGUUCCAAGCGGCGGAAGAGGAAGCGAAGGCCAAGUGCUGGAGUUGUGCCUGCAAAACAUACGUUGGAUGUUCCCGAGCUCAAGCAGGCCUAUGAUGCGGACAGCCAUUCGGGGGAGUCGAAUGAAAAUGCGGAUACGGAUACGAAUAGCUCACACUUUGUGGAGAGGAAGCAGACCUUCUUCAACUUUGUUACGCCCACGACGACGACGUCGACUACUCCGGCUCCUUGGAGUCCAAUGAGGGGCAGGAGUAGUACGACCCGAGGGGCAUUCAUACCCACCGUUGUUACAAGUACUCCAGCAACCCCUACUACAGCUAAGAGUAGGAGUAGGGGUUCAUCCCGGUAUCGCAUAAAGCAGCAAGCCGUGAAUCCCAGCUCACCCGAUCCCGUCACCACCAGCGUUCGAAUCGAUCAAUCCCAUUCGCAAAGCUACUACGAUGGAACCAUUGCACCACCCACCAGACAGCAGUUUUCACCCACAACUGGAGGGCGUGGUUCGCGACCUACACGACCUGGUUACGUUAGGAACCACGGUCCAGUAUCACCGCUGGCAUUGCAGCCAGCAGAUCCUGGAAGAGGUCACCCCACAUCCAAGCGAACCACCAAGGGCGUCUUCGACACGACCUUGUUCAAGAGCCCACUCAGCGAUCGGGAAAUGGAACGAAAUCUCCAUGGGCUGCGUCAAAACUUGCCAAAAAAUCACAAACUAUUUUGAAUUCUCAAUUAAAUUAACAGGAGGCAUAGCUUAAAGACUUGGUUAACUAUUUCUUAGACUUUAGCAAUUAGUUGUAAUGUUGUAUUGAAAACUAGGCUUAGAUUGUUGAAUAAAUUAAAUAAAUUGAACGAGUAA